UUUUAUUUCCCCUUAUAAGUACACAUAAUCCCGCAAUCUCCACUUUAACCUCAUAGUUCUUUCACUCGAUGCGCAAUACUCACACUCACCUCCAACAAAUCAACAAGUGUUCGUUCUAAAGCCAGAUGAUUUCUGUCAACACCCACGAGUUGCCAAAACAUCCUAGCAGUAUUGGGUUUCCAACAUUCUCUUAUUGAGAGAGAUUUCAAAAAAUCGUGAUGUUGAAACCCAGCCCUAAUGGACAUUUGUUGUGCAUAACCAUGAUUUCGAUUUCUCAGUUGGAAUUACCUAUUGCAGAGUGUACUCACCAUUCCAUUGUGAAAGUGCAUUCAAAUUUUUGGUAGACCCGUGCCUUUGGGCCCCAUUCCCGCUGUCUACAGCCUCUCCAUGGACUUGAUUUCAGCCGUCAUCUUCACCGGGACGUUUUUCUCCGUCGUCGCUGAGAUCCGGGACACCCGGUGGUUCUAGCGGAGGUCCAAGACCCCAUUACAAGGGCUGUUAUGCUUUCUUCUGGGGACACGACCAUCGGGGCAAGCCUUUUUCUGGUCAUACGCCUACUAUCUCUCUCACUUCCUCCACAUGCUCCGCACAUACUUCACCAUAUUAGGACAUUGAAAACAAGUUGCUUAAAUUUUUGGGCUUUAUGUGGAAUCCUCUAUCAUGAGUGAUGGAAGUUGCUGCUAUCAUGGCCACUGCUAUGGAAAAUGGAGGGGGAAUUAUGAGCAUGCCAGAUUUGGCUAUUCAAGCACCGGCCUUAACCAUUCGCCAUUUGAAACAAUUUGGUUUGGAAAGAAUUCUGUGUAUGGGAGCUUCGUUUUGGCCCUUUUCAAGCAACAUGGAGAUGACCCUUUUGGCGAAUGCACUUCAACAAUUAGAGGUAUUAAAUAAUCACUCUGAUGGAUCUAAGUCUGGCUCCUUGUUGCAUACCAUGAACCACACUCUUACCAUAUUUGGUUCGAGAUUUCUUAGGCACUGGGUAUCUCACCUUUUAUGUGAUAGAAACAUGACAUCUGCUCGUCUUGAUGCUGUUUCUAAGAUUGUGAUGUCCAUGGGUUCUUGCAAAGCAUCGCAAAAUUUUGGUGGGAUUGAUGAGGGAGACUCUGAUGUCACAUAUGUACAACCUGAGGUUAAUUAUUUGUUUUCUUCAGUUUUAACAACUUUAGGAAGGUCACCAGAUAUUCAACGUGGACUAACAAGAAUUUUCCACCGAACAGCCACUGCAUCUGAGUUCAUUUCAGUCACGCAAGCUAUUUUAUUUGCUGGGAAACAACUUCAGCGACUUCACAUUGAAGAGAAAGAUGUUGAUGAGAAGGGGCAAUCAAGGAGUGUGGACUCUGUUUUGUGAAGAAAGUUGAUUUUGACAGCUUCAUCAUCUGGUAUAAUUGGGAAUGCUGCAAAACUAUUGUCCAACUUAAACAAAGAAACAACUGAUAAAGGGGAUUUACCUAACUUAUUCAUUAUUUCAAGUGGUCAAUUCCCAGAGGUUGCUAAAGUAAGGUCACUGGUUCAAUCAGCAAAUGAGAAAUUGGAUUUAUUAAUUGGAUUGUAUCGGAAGCAGCUUCGAAUGAACAAUUUGGAAUUCAUGAGUGUUUAUGGGACCACACAUUUGAUAGAGGUAUCAAUACCUUCAUAUAUUCCAUUUUGGGGAGAUGUGAUAGUAAAGAAGUAGGUACCUAUGUCUCCAGUGAUUGAUAUUAUCAUCAAAAAGGAUGCAAAGGAAACUGGUUUGCCAAAAGAAGAGAACCCAAUUUGUUAAAGGAGGUGAUGUCGAUCGAAAACCACCAUGAAGAUUGCAUCAUUAGUCAUUUGAAGGUUGAACAAAAUUUUUUUGUAGAAUAUAAAUCUUAAUAAUUGUUGCAGUAAUAUUUGUACUCUUGUUGAAAAAAUUAGAAAUUGUUGUUUGAAAUAUUUUGAUGUAAUUAACAAAUUUGUAUGCAAUUAUUGUAUAUAAGUAGCUACAUUAAUGGUUUGAA